UGUUGCUGUUUAUGUUUCCGAAGAAUAAUAACGAGAGAAAAAAAGGGGUGAUGCAAAAAAAGAUUUAGACUUUUUCCCUUGGAGGCCGUCUUUCCUGCCUUAUAAAUGGGGUCGUGAACGACGGUUUCAUUUGAAUCAGUCUCUCCCUCUCCAUCCAGAGCGAAACUUUCACGUGUCUUCUCAAGUUUUCAUCUAUUUCGUUUUCUUUUCUUCCUUCCUUCACUCUGUUCCCCAAGGAAACAUAAAUAACUUGUUGGUUUUUCUCAUUAAAGAUUCUAUUGGACCGUGCCUGAUAUAUUAUUUGCGUGAGAUUUGAAUCCCAUUUCUUUGAGGUCAGUGAAAGAUUUGCUGUAGAGGUUUAAGGUAGGGACGAUAAUGGAAGGAAAGAAUCAAGUUGGCUCGUCUUCUUCCUUCACUUCUGAGCUCUUUGGUUCUAAGGAUCAAUCCCCAUCUUCGUCUUCUGGGAUUUUAGGGUCUAUAUUUUCUCCAUCAUCUAAGGUGUUAGGGACUGGUUACCUGCCUCCUAGAGAGGGUGUAAAAACUGCCAGUGAGACAUGGAGCCCCAAGAGUGGGACUGCUGGUAGGCACAAUCAAUUUUAUUAUAGAAACAUCAAGGGAGAUGAGAAUGAAAGUCAGAGUACUUCAUAUAAGGAUAUGAGUUCCAUUUAUCAGGAACAAAGAGUUCAACCUUGCCACCUUAGUUCAUCAAUCUAUUACGGUGGACAGGACAUAUAUUCUCAUCCUCAGAAGACAGAGAAUGCUGGACUAAACCCUUUGUACAAGAAAGAUGGGGGAGAAGAUGAUUCAGGAAGUGCCCCUAGAGGAAACUGGUGGCAAGGGUCUCUUUAUUAUUAAUAGCAUACUUUCGAUCGAAUAAGCUCAUCAAGGUAAAUAGGAAGUCUUAGUGCAGGAUAAUUCUUCCUUGUAUUAUAUGGGAGAGUUAUACGGUAGCGAGAUAGUUGUGGGCGAGCUAGUUCAUUUCUCUGUCCAAACAGCAGAACCAUAACAUGAACCUCUAAUUGUGUAAUUCCUUCUGCUUUACUGUAAAGAAUGUUUUCCUUGCUCUUUGUAUUGUAGAAUGUAAAGGUUGUAUUGCCUGCGAAACCCGAUUGAUUGUCAAACUACUCUUGAUGCAGCUGAAACUUCAGAAUUAUAGUGUGGAAAAAAAAACUCUUAAUGGUUCUCUAUGUAUUUUAGAAUGAAGAAUAUGCAUCUUUUAUUAGCAACUCAUAUUGUGGCUGAAACUGUGCCUGAAGCUAAUAGAUUGUGAGAAA